AUGCAAGAUGAUUAUAUCAAACUAGGACGAUCUCAAUUUAGAAUAUUAAAAACUUGUGAAAAUGGAAGAAAUUUGAAACAAAAUGUAUUAUAAUAAUUAUAAUAACCUAUUAAAAGCAAAAUAAACGAAAUCUUACAAUAAGAAAAUGAAUCUUUCCAUACUUUAAAAACUGAAGAAAAUGAUAAUUCAGUAAGUUCAAUUUAACAAAAUGAAUCUAUUUAGAAAUCUAAAUGUCCAAAUAUUUGUAAAAUAUGUCUUAGUGAAUUCGAAGAAUCUGAAAAUCCUUUAAUUAACCCUUGCGAAUGUUCUGGUAGUAUGCAAUAUGUUCAUCUAGAAUGCCUUUAAUAUUGGAUAUAAAGAAAAGAUACUUAUACUAUUGGAAGAUCUCAUCAUUCUGAUAUUAUAAUUAAUGAUUUAUCUGUUUCAAGAAUUCAUGCUACUUUAAAAUUUUAUCCUGGUAGUAAGGAAUUAUAUAUUAAAGAUAAUAAUUCGAAAUUCGGAACUUUGGUACUUUUAAGGGAAAAUAUUUAGUUGAAUUUCAAAUCUCUUAAAAAAAAGCGCAUGCGUGAAGCGGAAAAUUAACUCGGUGUGGUUUUUUGCAGUUUCCACACCCUUGCAAAAUUUUGUAUUUUAUAAAAAUAUAUUCAACAAUUAAAUUUUUAUGAAACAAGAUGUACUAUUUACAUCAUUUGA